ACUCAAGCGUCCGAUCUUAUUCUGCUCCAAAAAUAGUAGCAGAGAGGAGGACUUCUAUCUAUAAGUCACCUCGUACAUUAUGACUGCCCACUCCCCAUAUCACACGUGCUAAGCAGCACGCGCAAUCCGUUUUUCGCCAAAAGUUGAGUCCAGACACCCCCUCCCCCUCCCUCUCAGAUCAGUCAGCUGUCCUUCUCGCUAACUCAACUACUGCCGGCUAAUCAUUAGCUCUCCCUUCCCUUCUCUCUGAAAAAACACACACUCUCUCUCUCUAAAAACUCUGUAUCAGCGACGUAGAGGAUCUUCAAGCUCUCUCUCUCUAAAAGAUCGAAAAAAGCAACGAGCAACUCUUCUCUUUUGGUUUCAAGAGAAGUUUGAGAGCUAUAUUAAUUAGACCAGUUCGAACGUCUAUACAUGUACUGAUUUUUUGGACAAUGGAUGUAAUUGAAGAAACGUGGAUUAAGAUUUUUGCUGUUGUAAUAUAGUUGAAGAAGAAACUAAUGGAGGAAGGCAAGAGUAGAGGAGAUUUACAUGUUAAUGUACUUAAGCAAACACCUUUAAGACAAGGUGGAAGUUUCAAGUCCACCACAUUGUCAGGGAGGUCAACACCUCGGAACUCUCCAACUCAUCGGUUACUACAUUCCAGUCGAACUCCACGAAGAGAGGGUAGAGGUAGUGGAGGGAUACAGUGGUUUCGAAGCAAUCGAUUAAUAUAUUGGUUACUUCUCAUUACUCUAUGGACUUACCUUGGGUUUUAUGUCCAGUCCAGAUGGGCUCAUGGUGAUAACAAGGAUGAAUUUCUGGGGUUUGGAGGUAAAUCCAGCAGUGGACUUUUAGAUGCUGAACAGCAUACACGGCGAGAUUUGCUUGCCAAUGAUAGUUUGGUAGUUGUAAAUAAUGGGACCAAUAAAAUUCAGGUGAGAAAUGCUAAAAAGAUAGAUGUUGUUUUGGCCAAGAAGGAGAAUGGAGUUUCAUCUAAUCGAAGAGUAACUCCUAAGAAGAAGAGCAAGAGAGGAGGACGCAGGUCCCGUGCCAAAGCACAUGAUAAACAAAAGGCAAAAGUAGUGGUUGAAAGCGAUGAUGUAGAGGUUGCAGAACCUGAUGUUCCUAAAAAUAAUGCUUCUUAUGGUUUACUUGUUGGCCCAUUUGGGCCAAUAGAGGAUAGAAUUUUGGAAUGGAGCCCUGAGAAACGAUCGGGAACAUGUGAUAGGAAGGGGGCCUUUGCACGUCUUGUAUGGUCUAGGAAAUUUGUGUUAAUAUUCCAUGAACUCUCGAUGACUGGAGCUCCACUUUCAAUGUUGGAGUUGGCAACAGAGUUUUUGAGCUGUGGAGCCACAGUUUCUGCUGUAGUUCUCAGCAAGAAGGGUGGCUUGAUGCCAGAGCUUGCUAGGAGAAGGAUCAAAGUGCUUGAAGACAGAGCAGAUCUCAGCUUCAAAACAGCCAUGAAAGCAGAUCUUGUCAUUGCAGGAUCAGCUGUCUGUACCUCAUGGAUAGAUCAAUACAUUGCCCGUUUUCCAGCUGGAGGUAGUCAAGUUGUUUGGUGGAUUAUGGAAAAUCGACGAGAAUACUUUGAUAGGUCAAAAAUUAUCCUUAAUCGAGUGAAAAUGCUGGUCUUUCUCUCUGAAAGUCAGAUGAAACAAUGGCAAACUUGGUGUGAGGAAGAAAAUAUUAGGCUGAGAUCUCCACCAGCAGUGGUUCAACUUUCUGUUAAUGAUGAGCUAGCUUUUGUAGCCGGCAUUGCUUGUUCACUAAAUACUCCAACUUCUAGUGCUGAAAAGAUGUUGGAGAAAAGACAGUUGCUGCGGGAAUCUGUUAGAAAAGAGAUGGGAUUGACAGAUAAUGAUAUGCUUGUGAUGUCUCUCAGCAGCAUAAAUGCUGGUAAGGGUCAGCUCUUGCUUCUUGAAUCAGCAAACCUGGUGAUUGAACCAGAUCCUUCGCCUAAAAUAACAAAUUCAGUGGAUAAGGGUAACCAAUCUACCUUGGCUGCAAAGCAUCAUUUAAGAGCUCUGUUGGAGAAGCCAGAAAAUCUUGUCAGAUUUUCAAAUGAAUUUAGCCGCUACAGUGAUUCUUCUACCAGAUUGGCUGAACCUAACAAGACGAAUUCACAAGUUACCAGUGUCUCUAACUCCAUUGAUUACAAUGUUGCCGGGAACCUUGACAGAAGUCACAGAAAAAGGAAGUUGUUGGCUGACAGUGAAGGAACACAUGAACAGGCUCUUAAAGUUCUUAUUGGUUCUGUUGGAUCUAAAAGCAAUAAGGUGCCUUAUGUCAAAGAGAUUCUGAGGUUCAUAUCCCAACAUUCAAAUUUGUCAAAGUCAGUGUUAUGGACUUCAGCAACUACACGUGUUGCCUCACUUUACUCUGCAGCAGAUGUUUAUAUUACAAACUCCCAGGGCCUGGGAGAGACAUUUGGAAGAGUUACCAUAGAAGCCAUGGCGUUUGGUCUUCCGGUCCUAGGAACAGAUGCAGGAGGCACACAAGAAAUUGUUGAGCACAACAUAACAGGGCUUCUUCAUCCCGUGGGACGUCCAGGAUCUCAUGUUCUUGCCCAAAAUAUCGAACUCUUACUUAAAAAUCCAUCCGUGAGGAAGCAAAUGGGGAUCAAAGGGAGGAAAAAGGUGGAGAAAAUGUACUUGAAGCGGCACAUGUAUAAAAAAAUUUGGGAGGUUCUAUACAAGUGCAUGAGAGUCAAAUGACAUCUGCCAAUGCACAGACUGAUUCUUUGAUUGGUUUUGAAUUUGAAAGAAAUUGGUGAGCAUCGACGCAGAUUGUAUUACCCAACACAACUGAUUUGUAAGGUUUCAAAUUUAAGCAAAUUGUAUCUGGAUUAUUUGGAA